ACCGGACUUUGCUUUGUGCAGCACUUUGCCAAGAGCCGGAUCAUGAUUUUGGAACAUCAGGUCACCCGCCGUGGCGCAGCUUGUGGUACACCAGUGGCCAGGAAAGCAGCGGUAUCCGUUGGCGUCAUAGCUGCUGCAUCCAGGUUGAUGGGCAGCCAAGACAAGAAGCAAGCAGGGCAGCAUGAGCCGAUUAUCCCCCCACCCCAUCCAACUCCAAUCCACGGGCCCCCAGAAUGCCCCGGUUCCCCUGCUGCUGCCGCCGUCGCCGCCGCCACCACCUGAUGUACAAAAUCCCUCCUCUCACCCUUGGGCCUCUCAGUGUGGGCCUCCUCCCUGGGGCCUCAGCUGUCUUCUGGCUCUGCAGCAUAUCUUGGUCCUGGCUUCUCUGCUCUGGGCCUCCCACCUGUUCCUGCUUCCAAGUCUCCCCCCGGGAGAGCUCUCGUACUCCCCUGCCCAGCUCUUGGCCUCCAGUCUCUUUUCCUGUGGUGUGUCCACCACCCUGCAAGUCUGGAUAGGCAGCAGGCUUCCUCUUGUCCAGGCUCCAUCCUUAGAGUUCCUUGUCCCUGCUCUGGUGCUGACCAGCCAGAAGCUACCUCUGGCCAUCCAGACACCUGGAAACUCCUCCCUUGUGCUGCGCCUGUGUGGGGGGUCUGGCUGCCAUGGCCUGGGGCUCUGGAACACUUCUCUCAGAGAGGUGUCUGGGGCUGUGGUGGUAUCCGGGCUGCUCCAAGGCACCCUGGGGCUGUUGGGGGGUCCUGGCCACUUGUUCCCCCACUGUGGACCUCUGGUGCUGGCCCCCAGCCUGAUGGUGGCAGGCUUCUCUGCCCACAGGGAGGUGGCCCUCUUCUGCUCUACUCACUGGGGCCUGGCCUUGCUGCUUAUCCUGCUCGUAGUGGUCUGUUCUCAGCACCUGGCCUCCUGCCAGUUACCUCCCUGCCCCUGGAGGCCAGCUUCAAACUCUUCCCCUCAAGCUCCCAUUCCCGUCUUCCGGCUCCUCUCGGUGCUGAUGCCAGCGGCCUGUGUAUGGAUCAUCUCCGCCCUUCUGGGUCUGCGCGUCAUCCCCCCGGAGCUGUCUGCCUCCCCUGAGGUGCCAUGGGUCUGGCUGCCUCACCCAGCUGAGUGGGACUGGCCCUUGCUGACACCCAGGGCUCUGGCUGCGGGCAUCUCCAUGGCUUUGGCAGCCUCUGCCAGCUCCCUGGGCUGCUAUGCCCUGUGUGGCCGACUGCUGCAGUUGCCAUCCCCACCUCCACAUGCCUGCAGUCGUGGGCUGAGCCUGGAGGGUCUGGGCAGCGUGCUGGCUGGGCUGUUGGGGAGCCCUAUGGGCACGGCCUCCAGCUUCCCCAACGUGGGCACAGUGAGUCUUAUCCAGGCUGGCUCUCGGAGAGUGGUGUACUUGGUGGGGCUGUUCUGCAUGGGGCUUGGGCUCUCCCCGAGACUGGCCCAGCUCCUCACCGCCAUCCCACUGCCUGUGCUUGGUGGGGUCCUUGGGGUGACCCAGGCCGUGGUUCUGUCUGCUGGAUUCUCCAGCUUCCACCUGGCUGACAUUGACUCUGGGCGGAAUGUCUUCAUUGUUGGCUUUUCCAUCUUCAUGGCCCUGCUGCUGCCAAGAUGGCUUCGAGAGGCCCCAGUCCUACUGAGCACAGGCUGGAGCCCCUUGGAUGUGUUACUGCGCUCGGUGCUCACAGAGCCCAUCUUCCUGGCAGGAUUCUUGGGCUUCCUUUUAGAGAACACCAUUCCUGGCACAAGGCUUGAGCGAGGCCUAGGUCAAGGGCUGCAAUCUUCUUUCACUGCCCAAGAGGCUCAGCUGCCUCAGAAGUCCAGAGAGAAGGCUGCCAAAGAGUAUGAGCUUCCUUUCCCCACCCAAAACUUGCGUAUCUGUAUCCCCCAGCCCCUCCAUUGCCUCUGCCCGCUGCCUGAAGACCAUGGGAAUGAGGAAGGAAGGCCCUCUGAGCCAGGAGAGACAGCUGAUUUGUUGCCUGGCUUUGUGGAGCAGUGUCCUGAAUCUAGCAGAGAACUUGGGUCCCAGUGAUUACCGGGAGUCCUACUCCUUCCCCGGUUAGUUUACCGUAUCUCCCAGCUUGCUGGAGAGUCAGCUCCCAAGUUCUAAUUUCUCCUAAGAAGAAGGUGUGUGUUUGCGCAUGUGUGUGUGUGUAUGAGAAAUGGGCCCACCUAAAGGUCUCAUUUCCCAAUAGGUGUGUUGCCUUUCCUUUUCUUAAUUAGGCCUGACAACAACAACAAAAAUUAAUUAGGCCUAACUGUUCCACGUUCCAGGGAAGGGCCACGGUUUAGUGGGCUGUGAUCGAAUGAAUGAGAUUCUGCAUCUGAACUCUCUAUGGUCAAACCCCAGCAUUCACUUAACAAAUAUUUAUUGAAGGCCUUCCAUGUGCAAGGUUCUGGAA